AUGAAAUCAGAGCACAUACCCGAGCUGAGACACCUCCUGACAUGCCGCCACUACACCAUCGGCAGCGCCUCCGGAGAUCAAGGACCCAUCUAUGAUCGCGGUCGCAUUCCCGGCGCCAGCGGACACGAUCUCACCAGUGUCAACGCAGCGUGCCUGGGGCACGAUCUCCUGCUGGGCCAUACUGUGUAUGACACGAGCCGCGUCAUACUGCGACCAGACGAAACCCUCGUGGAAGACAGUGUGGCAAGGGUCAUUCUCUGGAUGAGAUAUGCCCCCACCCGAAGACCAUCACGGUAUCGUCCAUCACGACGACGGGGCCUCGUUCUCGCUGCAGGUUUCCUCCCAAGUGUGGGCCACAUGGUGAUACAGACGGGGGAAGGGAUCCAGGGACCUGGAACAGAUGAGAUUGACGGCAAAUAA